AUGACUACAACAUCGCUGAAGAUAGAGAACAGUUUACAUAAUAAAUGUAAAAUUUGGUUCAAAGUCGACAAUUUUGCCGAUAUUUUGCAAACUAAUUGGACAAAAAAGAAAACUAUUGAAAGUCAAGAGUUUAGGAUUUUAUCGGACAAAUGGACAAUAAGUAUUAAAUGUCUUAACGAUGAUAUCGGUCUGUACUUGAAUUUGAUACAGACAUACGAGUCAUGUAUUUCAGUCCAAUACGACAUGUAUAUCGUCGACAAUGAUAAUCAAAUCUAUGGUAAACGAAGCUAUAAUCGGACAUUUGAGAAGAUAGAGGGCUUCGGUAGCAAAGUAUUUAUCAAAACUAAACAAUUGAUGGACAAAAAGGAUCGACUAUUGCCAGACAAUAAACUAACAGUUGUCGUCGACAUGACUGUCCACAAGAAUAAUAAUAAUAUUGUUUUCAAUAGUAGUUUAAAAUUUGAUCAUUUGUUUGGUAUACGCGAACUAAGCGAUUGUCGACUGGUUGUCGGCAAAAACAAAUCAGUGUUCUUCGUCUCGAAACUGAUUCUCAGCGCCCGAUCGGAUGUGUUUCUGAAGAUGUUUACCACCGAUUGUUUAGAAAAGACAACCAACAAAGUGAUCAUCAAAGACAUCGAUAGCAUUGUUUUUGGAAAGUUUUUGCGUUAUCUAUACACCGGAAAGUGUAACGAUUUGAACAAAUGGUAUCCGAAACUGUUGAUCGUCGCCGACAGGUAUUUGGUCGCAUCGCUGAAGACUAUAUGUCUUAAUCAGUAUUACAUGAAAAUCAAUGGCGAAAAUGCAAUCAAAACACUAAAACUAUUGCAAGACUUUGGCGCCGACGAAGAUCUUAUGGCAAAAACCCAUGAAUUUGUAGCCAAAAAUGUCGCUUCAGUUUUGGGUAAACUUAUUACCAAAGAUUAUGACAUUAGAUCUCAAUCUGUGACACAAAUUGGCUAUAAAAUUGAGAAUCUGAUUAAAAAUAACGAUAAAAAAUAG